AAAGAAAACAAAACUUAGAGUCUCUCUCUCUCUCUCUCUCUCUCUCUCUCUCUCUCUCUCUCUCGCUCUCUGUGAGUUCAGGAAAAUGGCAGAAGCAAGUAUUUCAGUAGAUCAACUUUCAGUGGAUGAGUUCAGCUGUCCAGUGUGUCUGGAUCUACUGAAGGAUCCGGUGGCUAUCCCCUGUGGUCACAGUUUCUGUAAGGUGUGUAUUAAUGACUGCUGGAAUCGGGAAGAUAAGAACAGAGUGUAUAGCUGUCCUCAGUGCAGAGACACUUUCACUCCAAGGCCUGUUCUAAGAAGAAACAACAUGCUGGCUGAAGUGGUGGAGAAACUGAAGAAGACUGAAGUCCAAGCUGCUUCUCCUGCUCACUGUUACGCUGGACCUGGAGAUGUGGAGUGUGAUUUCUGCACCAGGAGAAAACACAAAGCCGUCAAGUCCUGUCUGAUGUGUCUGGCGUCCUUUUGUCAAACUCAUCUGAAACCUCACUAUGAAGUUCCUGGUUUAAAAAGACACAAGUUAGUCGAAGUUUCUGGAAAUCUACAAGAGAAGAUCUGCUCUGAGCAUGAUAAAGUGCUGGAGAUCUACUGUCGUACUGACCAAAGCUUCAUCUGUUAUCUGUGUAUGACAGAUGAACACAAAAGCCAUGACACCGUCUCAGUUAAAGCAUACAGAACUGAAAAACAGAGUGAGCUAAAGGGGGAGCAGAUGAAAUCCCAGCAGAGAAUCCAGGAGAAGCAGAAGAAAGUGCAGGAGCUGAAACAGGCUGUGAACACUAUAAAGCUCAGUGCACAGACAGCAGUGAAGGGCAGUGAGAGGAUCUUUACUGAGAUGAUCAGCUCCAUGGAGAAAAGGCGCUCGGAGGUGAAAGAGCUGAUCAGAGCUCAGGAGAAGGCUGAACUGAGUCGAGCUGAACGACUCCUGAAGCAACUGCAGCAGGAGAUCGCUGAUCUUCAGAGGAGAGUUACUGAGCUGGAGCAGCUUUCACACACACACAAUCACAUCCACUUCCUCCAGCGUUUCCAGUCUCUCUGUGUCUCUUCUGGAUAUGAGGACUCACCCAGCAUCACUGUCAAUCAACAUCUCUCAUUUGAUGGAGUGAGGAAAUCUCUCUCUACUCUGAAAAAUAGACUUGAGGAAUUCUGCCAGAAGGAAUUCAUCAAAAUCCCUAAACAUGCUGCAGCAGUUCAGAUGAUUUUAUCCUCAGAACCAAAGAGCAGAAAAGAUUUUCUGCACUAUUUCUGUGAUCUGACUCUGGAUCCCAACACGGUAAAUUAUAACCUCACUCUGUCUGAGAAGAACAGAUCAGUGAAGUACAGUCAGCGAAAGCAGCCGUACUCUGAUCAUCCAGAGAGAUUUGACUCCUACAGGCAGGUGUUGAGUAAGGAGAGUGUAUCUGGACGCUGUUACUGGGAGGUGGAGUGGAGCAUUGAGGGAUGGGUGUAUGUAUCAGUCUCAUAUAAAAGCAUCAGCAGGAAAGGAUGGGGUAACGAGUGUGUGUUUGGAUGCAACAAUCAGUCCUGGAGUCUGUGGUGUUCUUCUUCUUCUCUCACUUUCUGUCACAACAACAUUAAGACUGAUCUCAGAGUUCCGUCAUCCUCCAGAAUAGGAGUGUAUGUGGAUCAUGGUGCAGGAACUCUGUCCUUCUACAGCGUCUCUGACACGAUGAAGUUCCUCCACAGAGUCCACACCACAUUCACUCAGCCUCUAUACGCUGGGUUCAGUUUAUCUUUUAGUCGAUCGAGUGUGAGAUUAUGUGAAGCCACUCCUCAUUUCAGAGAAAACGAAACUCAGAGUGCCUCUCUCUCUCUCUCUCUCUCUCUCUCUCUCUCUCUGUCAGUGUGUGAGUUCAGGAAAAUGGCCGAGGCCAGUAUUUCAGUAGAUCAGGACGAGUUCAUCUGUCCAGUUUGUCUGGAUUUACUGAAGGAUCCGGUGACGAUACACUGUGGUCACAGUUUCUGUAAGGUGUGUAUUAAUGACUGCUGGGAUCAGGAAGAUAAGAGCGGAGUGUAUCACUGCCCUCAGUGCAGAAACACUUUCACUCCAAGGCCUGUUCUAAGAAGAAACAACAUGCUGGCUGAAGUGGUGGAGAAACUGAAGAAGACUGAAGUCCAAGCUGCUUCUCCUGCUCACUGUUACGCUGGACCUGGAGAUGUGGAGUGUGAUUUCUGCACCGGGAGAAAACAUAAAGCCGUCAAAUCCUGUCUGAUGUGUCUGGCAUCCUUUUGUGAAGCUCAUCUCAAACCUCACUAUGAAGUUCCUGGUUUAAAAAAGCACAAGUUAGUCAAAGCUUCUGGAGAUCUACAAGAGAAGAUCUGCUCUGAGCAUGAGGAAGUGUUGAAGAUCUACUGUCGUACUGACCAAAGCUUCAUCUGUUACCUGUGUAUGACGGAUGAACACAAAAGUCACGACACAGUCUCAGUUAAAGCAUACAGAACUGAAAAACAGAGUGAGUUAAAGGAGGAGCAGGUGAAAUCCCAGCAGAGAAUCCAGGAGAAGCAGAAGAAGGUGCAGGAACUGAAACAGGCUGUGAACACUAUAAAGCUCAGUGCACAGACAGCAGUGGAGGACAGUGAGAGGAUCUUUACUGAGAUGAUCAGCUCCAUGGAGAAAAGGCGCUCGGAGGUGACAGAGCUGAUCAGAGCUCAGGAGAAGGCUGAACUGAGUCGACCUGAACGACUCCUGGAGCAACUGGAGCAGGAGAUCACUGAUCUUCAGAGGAGACUCACUGAGCUGGAGCAGCUUUCACACAUACACGAUCACCUCCACUUCCUCCAUGAAAUAAAGGUUUUAGUCUCCGGCCGUCACUCUCCCGAAUUUAAUAGACCAGAUUUUCAGUCUGAUCUCCGUGAGGACUCACGCAGCAUCACUGUCAGUAAACAUCUCUCAUUUGAUGGAGUGAGGAAAUCUCUCUCUGCUCUGAAAAAGAGACUUGAGGAAAUCAGCCAGGAGGAAUUCAUCAAAAUACCUGAACAUGCUGCAGCAGCUCAGAUGAUUUUAUCCCCAGAACCAAAGGACAGAGAAGAUUUUCUGUACUAUUUCUGUUGCCUGACUUUGGAUCCAAACACAGCACAUCGUUACCUCAUUCUGUCUGAGAAGAACAGAGUGGUGACAGACAGUAGGACACACCAGCUGUACGCUAACCAUCCAGAGAGAUUUGACUCCUACUGUCAGGUCUUGAGUAAGGAGAGCAUGUCUGGACGCUGUUACUGGGAGGUGGAGUGGAGCAGUGAUGUGUGUGUGUACAUAUCAGUCUCAUAUAAAAGCAUCAGCAGGAAAGGACUGGGUAAUGAGCAUUGGUUUGGAGGCAACAAUCAGUCCUGGGGUCUAAGGUGUUCUUCUUCUCGUCUGUCUUUCCGGCACAACAACAUUGAGACUGAGCUUGGAGUUCCAUCAUCCUCCAGAAUAGGAGUGUAUGUGGAUCACAGUGCAGGAACUCUGUCCUUCUACAGCGUCUCUGACACGAUGAAGCUCCUCCACAGAGUCCUCACCACGUUCACUCAGCCUCUAUACGCCGGAUUCUGGCUGCGCUCUUAUGGAUCAACUGUAAGGUUAUGUGAUCCAAAAAAAAUCUGAAAAUUAAAUUACUCCAUAAUCGCUAACGAUUAACUGUCCAAAAUUUGAAAGAUUUUUAAACUGUAUGAAUUUUUAAAGACAUCAAAUUCUAAUAAACAUUUACAUUUUCUUUGAUGACUGUAAUUAAAAUUGCAUAAUUCUUUAUAAAUAUUAUAUCCAGUAUCAAAAUUACUUACAUGAUUACUUGUAAACAGUCUGUAAAUGGUGCAUUGAUGAAGCAUAACUUCCAGCAUGAUGCUACCAACACCAUGCUUCACUGUAGGGAUGUUGUUCUCAGGAUGAUGUGCAGUGUUAGGUUACAGACAAAUGUUGGUCAAAACGUUCAAUUUUGGUCCAGUAGACCUAGUAAACUUUUUCAACAUGUUUGCUGGAGCUUUUUUUGGUUGAUCCUGGAUGGAUGGAUUAGAAAUCAUUACAGUAUUUAGUUUUUAGUAUUUAGCAUGUUCACUGGGAACGUUCUGUACACAAGACUUUAAUCUUUAUAAUUACAGAAGCAGUUUUAGGAGGCAAAGCUACAGUAUUGAGGUGAUGUAUUCAAGCAGGAUGAUGAGUAUUAAGAUUCUUUAAGCUAUCCACAUAGUCGUUAAGCUAUCCACAUCCAGAUCUGCUCCUUGUUAUACAUUUCAUUAUUUCAGGUACUAGUAAUGAACCUGCACUUUUCUUUCUUUCUUUCUUUCUUUCUUUAUUUAAAAUCAAAUCAGACAUAAUGGAUCCUAAUAGGCCAAAAUUCAUGUGAUUUAUGGUAGUUUAAGUUGCACUUAAAUCAAGCAAGGCAUGCAAAAAGACUGAACUUUGAUCAGAGGCCAGUGGUCGGUAAUUUACUACUUUAAUCAAUGCUGUUUCAGUACUGAUAAAGUCUAAACCCUGACUUAAAGAUUGAAUGUCUUCUUUUACUAUACCAUGGUGGUAAAUUUAAAUGAGUAAUGUGAACUGUAAUAAGUAUGUAUGAAGUUAAUGUAAAACUGUAUAAUACUUCCAUCCAUCCAUCUUGUAUACUGCUUAUUCUUCCUUCAGGGUCACGGGGAAACCUGGAGCCUAUCCCAGGAAGCAUUGUGCACAAGGCAGGGUACACCCUGGACAGGGUGCCAAUCCAUCUGUAUAAUACUUUAUGUUUAUAAAAUAUAACCCCAAACGUCUGUAAAAUGAGACUGUAUUCUGUCAUUUGUCAUAGACCAAGCUACACUGAGGAAUCUAUAUUUAGUCACAUCACUACUAGUUAAUUCAAAUAUGUUUCUGUUUAUUCAUUAAAAUAGGCUUGGGUAUUCAUAUCAAUUUGAUUAAUCUUUUUUUUUUUAAAAAACUUAGCCAAAAUGACACAUGGAAAAUAUAACCCUAUAGUUUAACCACAUGUGAUCUAGUUUAGUCAUCAUCAUCAUCAUCAUCAUCGUCAUUGUUAUUAUCAUCGUUAUUGACAGUGUUGCCACAUGUUUACAUGUGAUUAUUAUGCAAAUAAUUUGUUUUGGGCUGUGCCUUGUUUACCUACACUUCCAGUUAAAAAUGUGAACUGGACAUUAAUCACUAUUAAUGCCACAGAACAAAUAAAACAAUACUGAAUGGUAAUUAAAUACUGAAAGAUUAAUC